GUAUCAAGUUGGUCUGUGACAAUAUUGGUUCCAAGUUCUUGAUCUUGUUCCUCCGUCUCAAAAUUUAGGGUUCACAAAGUUCCACCUUCUCUUUAAUUUUUCUCAUUCGCCCACCAUCAUCAAUGCGCUUUUUGGACUGAUUUUUCUCUGUGGCGCAUCGCAAUUCUUCACCUGUUUCGUUUUGGUAUCACGCGAAACCCAAUCAGACAGUGUGACCCAGUAAGUUCCCCGUUUCCAACGUCGAAUUCAAUAGCCAACGCCACACAGAAUUCUAAGUGUUCCGCCUCAGAAUUUUGAAAAAUGUCAGAAAACAAAAAAUUGAUGUCCUUGACCCUUUCUGAACACUUCGAAUUUCGCUGCACUCCGAAAAUUUGAAGAUUAAUCAUGCUUGUUCAUGCAUAGAGUUUUAGCAGGUUUUAUUAUCUAGUUGAUACUUCAUUCAUUAUUUCAUGUAGGUAUUGGAACGAUGGCGGAAGAUCUGGUGCUGGAUACUGCAAUCAGAGAUUGGGUGCUGAUCCCUCUCUCUGUAGUUAUGGUUCUCAUCGGUGUGCUUCGCUAUUUUGUUUCUAAGCUCAUGCGUUCUUCCCAAACUCCUGAUGCUAAAAUUAUUAAGGAGGGGCAAGUGAUCGUUAGAGCUCGUAAUUUACGUGCUGGAGCAAAUUUUAUUCCUUCAAAGGCUUUUCGUGCCCGCAAAAUUUACUUUUGUAACGAGGAAAACGGUCUGUUGUUUGUUCCAAAGGGCCAAGCCCAGAAUCCGCAAGCACAGAUGUUCUCUGAUCCGAACAUGGCCAUGGAUAUGAUGAAGAAAAACCUUUCAAUGAUCAUUCCUCAGACUCUCACUUUUGCGUGGGUGAACUUUUUCUUUUCUGGAUUUGUAGCAGCCAAGAUACCCUUUCCGCUGACACAAAGGUUUAGGUCAAUGUUGCAGAAUGGAAUAGACCUUAGCACAGUAGAUGUUAGCUAUGUCAGCAGUCGCUCUUGGUACUUCCUCAAUCUGUUUGGACUGAGAGGAUUGUUUAGCCUCAUUUUGGGUGAAGAAAAUGCUGUAGAUGAUACACAGCGUAUGAUGCAAAUGGGUGGAUUUGGAUUUGAUCCUUCAAAGGGUCUGAGUGCUGAGAAAGACAAUUUGGACAUAACACAGCAUGACUGGGCCUUACCAAAUUUCGAGCAGCGUGCAGAAGCUGUGUUGAGGAAAGUUAUCAGUUAACAAUGUUAUGGAUUAGCUAGCUUGAUCGGUUGCAUUUGUUUGUAGGAUGCCCUUCUAUUGUUGCGCUUGGACCUUUACCUUCUGCAGCAAAAGAUAUCGAAGAUCAUGUUGCAACAAUGAGUGUCAUCUUGAAACUAAACUCUUCAUUUUAUUAUCAGAAAACAUUGGCACAAUUUUGU